AUGUUCCCUCCCACAAUCGGAUCUCCGAUCUUCUCUGUGGAAUCUGGCGAACGUUAGUUCUCGACGUAAGAAUGGUAGAGCUUUUCAUUACGAUCCUCAGUUUUGCCCCACCUACAGGAGGCGGCUACGUAACUGAUUAAAUGUGCGUAAAUUACUGAAAUAAAUGAAUGAGCAAAUCAAACAGCGUUUAUAAGAUGUCCUUUGAUAAGUUUUCGCCUAAGUACCCACCACGAAUUGCUGUACUCCGGGGUUUGACAUUUAGUCAACUUCUGUCUGAUACUGCGUUCCAGAAGGGUUACGAGAAGUUCCGGCGUAAUUUUUCCUAUUUUCUUGAUGAUAGCUUGUUCAUUCACAUCUUGAUCCACCUUUUUUACUAAGGACGACAAAUAAAUUUUCGAGUGUUGUUUUGGUAAACGUUUUCCGUUUUCAUUAAUACCCUCUACUAAAAUAGCCCAUUGGUGGACAAAGGUGGCCUAGGAUAAUUAGUAACAUAGAAACUUGCUUGGCUACAAGGAGACACUGAUUUCUGUUCACAUUUACAAAUCUCCUUACUUGGUAGCAUUACUCAGAAACAUAGUCUGCUUGAGAAAACGACUUCUCCCCGAACGCAUCUGAUGGCGAGCCCUUAUUUCGUAGCAUCACCUCUUAGGGUUUAGGGUCAGGGGUUAGUGUUAAACGAGCUGUUAUCACCAGUCCCGUAUGACAGGCGGCUGGGGCUUAUCUACUGCAGGUACGGUUACGACGUAAGAUCCGACUCAUUUGACGAAUCAUUAGAAUGCUGACCGUUUGAGAUGCCUCAGAGGGCGCAUGUGUAGCAUCCGGCCUAUAUCAUGAAAUGUUGACCAAAAUGCUGAAUGUAUGUUUUUGACUGGGGACCACCGUAUGUGACAUACCUCGCGGAAGAUGCUAAAAUUUACGAAAGAUUGCUACUCACACGCAAACCGGCACUACCGAAUGGAUCAAAGCCUUAAUAUAAUAAUGAACGACUUUAAGUGGAUGGAAAUCAAAAUUUUUAUUCCGUUGUCUAGAAAUACUGACUUUUUGAGGAAUGCUGGAAAUUCCGAAAACGUCAAAAAUCCUUGUAGCUGAAAAAACACAAGGUGGAGACGUACAGAAGGUCUGUCCAUGGAAAAAAAGACUAGAAAACAACACAACGCAAGCAGAAUAACGUUUUAAAAGAGACCUUUGGCACUUACAUAUUCAUUAAGAAUUAGUGUAAUGUCAAGUGUGACUGUUAACCAACAGUUCACAGUUUGAGUAUCAAUUUCAACAUGGUUUACGAAAAUUGGCUCUAUUCUUUUCGUUAUGCAUUGUUUGGGAUGCCGCUUACCAAGCCAAACAGGAAUGCACUCGAUUUCACCGAUAGCGACGUCGCGGAACCUAAAUUUUCCAUAAAAAUGAAUGUUGAUAGGUGGGUCAGGAACUAAUAGAAUUGUUAGGUGCAAUCGUAAACAAACCGUUUUACGCGUAAUAAGAGGAAUUUUCUUCCGGCAAAUUCCUUUAUGGUUAUUUUUAGUGCCCGAGGAUGUGUUUCAAUCGUUCCUGAAAAAUUGGUAAAUAGUUCACGAUUUUCAGCGUUCACGUAUAUAUUCUGUCCUGUAUGUUUGUUAAAACUUUCUUCCAGGCAUUUACCGAAAUAGUGAGCUUUCGAAUAUUAUUUUCGAGGCAGACGGCCGUUUGGGUCAUGUUUGUAGACUCACCCUAACAUGAAAUAUUAUCGUCGCAAAAAAUGAACGUUUGAAACGAACGUCGGUAGUCAAUAUGCCUUAGAUCAGCCAAAAAUGAAUUUUUUUUAUUAAAAAAGGUAAAGUGCGCAGACAUCAGCCAGCAAAAUACCCAACCGGAGCGCUUUCUAAAUAUGCAAUAAUAUCAGCAUUCGACAGUGUGCGCCACUUUGUAUUUCAAAGUCUUCUACCCUCUUAAAGUCGCCAAAAUAGGCCAGACUUCCUAAGGGAUUACGCCGACAGCCCAUUGUAUUUGCACCACAGGAGGUUCAACAAGUAAUGCCCUCUGUGCUAACAUUCCUUGUGGUGUUUUCCUGUAAUUCACUUAACUGCCGAAGAUACCGUGGCGAUUUUGUGUGCGUAAACUGGGAAAGAUCACUACGUAACUUGUUGGUACUUGGCGAACCGAUUUACUUUCCAAUUUAUUUAUUCGAAGUUGUAUUGGUGCCAUUCCAGCCGAUCUUCUUGAUUCUCCAUCAAAGUGAAUGUGAGUAGUUUUUUGGUUCAACAAAUGGCUUUUGAGUUUACAAAAAACGCCUCUCUUCUCAGCAUCUAGAUCCAAAUAGGUGUCAUAUUAACCAUCUUAGGGUGGAUUAAUCAGAUUUCUCGAACGUCUGCCGAAUUUCCCCUUGAGGAAGUUGCGUGGCCAUGAGCAAUUACGAUAAUUACAUUCCCUGUGCAAAUCUGCCGUGCCAACUCUUCACAAAAAUCAUUUUCAAAUCUCACUACACGUUUAACAACGAAAUUGUAGGGCACUUUCCUAUGCUGAUGCCUUUCCUAGACUUCGGUGGCGCAUUUAAAUGGGGUUUUUAUUGAAAGAAUACUAAUUCACUCUUGAAGGUUUUACUAAACAGAGCUUGCCGCACUUUGAAAUCGAUUUUUGUCCGAUUCUAACCGUGUAAACCAGGUUGCUAACACACAGGUUAUUUCUAUAGAACAAGGAGUUUUAUCGGUUUUCUGAAGUCAGAGUAGCAGGAAUAACGCACACAGGCAAUCCCUCGUUUAAAUGGACCGAAAUUGUUUUGCCCUUUGGAAAAUUAUUUUUGUCCCAGAAAUUACCAUCACCGAACAACCAUUUUCAGUUUCGAGCAUAUGACAUAUUGCUUUUCGUGCAGUUUAGCCUAUGCGCAUACCUAAUUCAGAAAUGGAACGAGCAAAAUACUAACAUUUUCAGUAAAAUAUCACUAUUUAUGUGGGAACUCUGCCAUGCAUUGAUAAUCGUAGAACGGAAUGUAAAAGCGAGCAAAAACAUUGCAAAUGGCCGUAGUGUAAAGAGGAAGGCAUGUUCUUACGUUUACGUAAAAAAAGUAUUUUUAUUGUUUAGGAAUGUGAAAAAAACGACUAAAAGAGCCAAAUGUUUUCUUGAUCUCGCCGUGAAAAAAUGCAAAGUACACAGAGAUCCGUCAACGAAGUGCAGUAUUAAAGCACUCCUUAAAGAGGUUACUUGUUAGAAAAAGUUGUGCAAUUGAUCGAAGGCAUAUUCGUUGCUGACGUUCGUUGUGGACGUCUUUUUUAUUCGACGAUGAAGUUUCAUGUUUGAGUGAACAUUCAAAUGGGAUCCAAAUGACCUGCAUGAAAAGGACGCCCAAACACUCGGUACAUCGGUAAAUGUCUUCAAGAAGUAUCUUAUAUUAAAGUCUUAAACAGAAACAUAAUAGAAAGUUUGUCUUUAUGGGCGACCGGGAGAAAACACUAAAAAUCAUGAAGUAUUCAGCGAUAUUUCAAGGCCGAUCAGAAAAUCAACGUAAUGCAGUCCUGCGGGAUCUCUCUCGAGCCCAACCAGCAGCCGCACAGCAGCUACUGGGUGGACUCGUGAGAGAGCCCGUAAGGCACAACGGGACGGGUGAGUUCCGUAAGAACGAUCGGUGAACGCCCCUCUAUCAGUGUAUAUUCCCGAUCGAAACCGACAGGACAACGGGCCCGUGACCCAGUGAUUAGAGGCUUUGGACUUCUAACUAACAGGUCUCGAGUUCGGGCCCCACGUGUUCCACACCUCGAACUUGGGUAUGACUGGCUGAUGACGGCUAAUAAGCCUUGAUUGGCUAUUCCAGCCUCCCUUGUCUUUGUCGGUAAUAACAUCUUGACAAAAUAGUAUGUUUACGAUUACGCCUGUCAAUUCUAUUUAACUAUACUAGGCACCGAUUGGCCUGGCAGUAUGUGACUUUAUAAAAACUUUUGUUCCUAUGACGUCCCCAUUGGCGAAAUCAAGCAAAACCCUGUUUCUCUUAUUAAACCACAUUUCGCUCAUAUCAAAUCAACCAAAAUACCAUGAAUCCUGGGAAAACUGUUUUGGAAUCUACACUCAGACUUUAGGCUGUUGGCAGACUGCCAUACUUGGCAUUACGCUAAUCCUAAAAGGAUAUUUAAAUAUAAACGUCAAUAAAACGCCAUUCCCAAAUAGCAUUAUGUGUGUGCUUUCAUAUUUACUCAGUUUUUUCGCAUGAGAAGACAUUUUGUACAUUUAAAAACGAAGUUCACUAAAUUACAGACAUUUUUUCAGGAUUUAUCGCUUUUCUAAAAGAAUCGUCAAUUCAAGACAACGUAACACUGCCUUCAAUAUUUCUUUUGUGUUUUUAAUUCUUUUAAAGUUGUGCUUAAUUAACAUAGAUAUUGGAUCCAUGCAUCGCUGUUGGUUUGCGAGUGAGUGGCACCUUUCGUGAGUUAGGUAUCGCACUGUGUGUGGGGAAAAAAACAAUUUUAGGUGCAGUAAGUUCCAUCUGGUAACCCUCAAGUUUAGAAGACUCUUCUUGUAGAAAAACACAUGCACAUGUGCAAACUUAGUCCAGAUUAGCUAUUAUCAUAGUCGACCACCCGAAUACAAAAUAACGUGGAUUUCCGCUCAAAUUUGUAAACAUUCUGACUGGCCAAAUUAUUUAUAAACAUUAUCGCGUAGGAAAAGAUAACAUUUUCCAGAAUAGGCUAAGCGAAUAAGUAAAAUGUGCAGCAUUUUAACUGCGUACAAUUGAUCGUCUCGAUUUCUUUCCGCCAUGUUUCAUGAAUCAGGUCACAUGCCGUAUUUUGGUGGGGUUAAAGUAUUGAUUGCCGCACAGCAUAAUCGCAUGAUUUUUUAACCGCGACAGGAUACCGGCUUUUGAAUAUGCUUUGACCAUUCCGCCUGUAAAAUCCACACUCGGAAGAAGAAAUGACUACUUAAGCAGUAUGCAUUUUCCUGCUGAUUUUCGCUGCCCUCAUAAAUUCAAACGUCUUUUUUAACAAAAUAUGCACAAAAAUAUUAUUUCGUGUAAUCAUGCACAUGGGUCACAUGCACAAGGGGUUGAAGUAUUUAUAGGAUGCAGUUGCCAUGCUACCGAAAAUUUUGGCGAACGCUUCCGUAUGUCAAAAACUUGGGGUUGGAGUUGCACACAGACCGGAGGCAACCCUUAGGCGUCAGGUAAUGAAACUGGAAUACCCACUGCCCCGGCAAGAAACAUCUGGAGUCGUUUAUCGGAUCUCGUGCAGUUGAGGACAACGCAACUACGUCGGCGAAACCGGAAGACAGCUCCGAAUGAGAAUGACCGAGCACGCUGCAGCAGUGCGAAGAAAUGACGCCAGCUCUCAAGUUGCUGCUCAUUCGACGAGCUCCGGCCACACAUUCCCAUUCGACUAGGCCGAAAUUCUCGCAAGAGGCGACAACUGCGUGAGCUGGGAGCUGCUUGAGUCAUGGUUUACGGGUCCCCAUUUUAUUAACAAGUGUAAUGACCUUCCUCUUGCAUACCCGGUACUGAGACUUCACCCAGGGCGGAGUAAUUAGACACGCGGGGAGCGCAGAGGUGAACACUUUUACCAACCUCAGGGUCGGUGCGUCAGAUGGUCGAGCCACUAUCACACCAACAUCCAACGCACUUGAUGAAAUUGCAGCAAUUAACGACGCUAAUGUCGGCCGUCAAAUUGCCAGCUCACCAAGUGCAACGAUCACUGAAGGGGGGGGGGAGCCCUGAAUAUUCAUAAGUAGGCGGUGCAUGACGACUGCAUACUAUGAAUACCGCAGCCCCUUGUGCAUGAACCACCCGUAUGUUUUUGUUUCUGAUGAUGGGUUCGAGCAGGAAUCCGAAACGUCAGGCUAAUAAAGCUCUUGUCCCAGCAAUCGUGCCUCCUUCGUCAAGACCACUUCCUGGGACUCGUCUCUUCGCUUCUAUUGGCAUCGAAAAUCAUUGGGGAAAAUGCAUGCAAUUUAAGUAAUUUUUACUGGAUGUGGUUUCUACAGGCGGAUGGACCAGAGCUUAUUUUAAAAGCGUCAUCUUGAUGUGACUGAAACAUAUUGCGACUAUGUUGCGCGGUUGCCAAUGUAAUAACCCCUCCUAAUUACUUCCUGCUAGUCUAAAAUACAUUCCAGAAUUUUGUAUUCGCACCUGUUAGAGGUUAGGGUUAGGACUAUGGGUUAGGGGCAAUAAUUGGGAUUAGGGUUAGGGGCUAGAGUUAGGGGUUAAUGUUAGAAGUUAGGUGUAGUGUUUAGGGUUAGGUUAAACCGUAUGACAAGCGGCUGGGGCUUGUCUAUUACAGGUACAGCUACAAAUUAAGGUUCGAUCCACAAUUUCAGUUAACAUUUCGUGAGAUAGACCAGGUACCGUAAAUUUCCAUCAUUACACUUCAUUAGUUACAUCACAUACUCCUGGGUUGAGUUCUGUUUGGACGCUAAUAAACCGUAUAUGAUGAUUGUGGUCUUUUUGUCGUAGACCACAUUCCAACCCAUCUGUCCGUGUGAGUUCAGCGAUGUUUGUCUUUCCUUUCCAGAUGGCGUCUUCGGAGCUCUAAUGGAUGUCUCCCUUGUGAACGACGGACCGGUAACUAUUGUGUUGGAUUCAAAGGUGCGCGAGGACGGCACACUCAAGGGGGUUGCCAGCUCACCUGCUGAUCUCCAAGACAAUGCUGCAGCCUCCGGAGAUCCUUAG